ACAUGUGGAUCUUGCUCCUGUCCCUUUUUCUCUCGUAUCAGAGUGUUUCUGCACAAGCUGAAGAAUGUCGCACUGCCCUGCCUGCAGACAUCGUGUUCAUGGUCGAUGAGUCGUGGACGGUGGGUCCUUCCAGCUUCCAGCAAAUAAAAGAAUUCAUCGCUGAAAUUAUAAGAUCUUUCCAAACCAGUCUGGUAGGAUCAGAAGGAGUCCGCUUCGGAGUUACAGUCUAUGCAGAUGUCCCAAGAAUGCGCAUUGCUCUAACAGACUUCUUUACUCUGGAUGAGGUGUUAAAUGCAGUGGAAGAGCUGCCAUAUGAGGGAGGAGGCAGCCGCACUGGUCUGGCACUUGAGUUUCUUGUGGAGUCCGUCUUCAGCCCCUCAAUUGUUCGGGAAAACACUCCAAAGAUUGCGGUGCUUAUUACUAAUGGCAGAUCAGAUGAUCAGAUCGAUGGACCAGCAAAAGCAGUAUCUGACAGUGGGAUCUCUCUCUUUGCUGUUGGUGUGAGAAAUGCUGAUCCAGAGGAGCUGAAAAGAAUAGUAAGUGAGCCUCCAGAGGAGCACCUGCUGCUUAGUCCUGAUUCCUCCUACCUAGAACACCUGCUUCCCAAACUCUCACGAAGAGUGUGCUUCACUGCCUCUGAACCUCCUCGUCCUGUUAAACACACACCACCAGAGGUGGAGAAGGUAGUAGGACCUCGAGACCUGCAGGUGAGUGAUUUAAGCCACAGCUCUCUUCGGCUCUCCUGGAGUCAGGCCACUGGAGACGUGACAGGUUACAGGCUGCUGAUUACCCCUAAGUCUCCAAAGGACCACCUUCACCCAGUAAAGCCCAGACAGAUUGAUUUAAAGGGUGAUGUGGGGACUACAAAAAUAACAGGAUUGACUCCAAAGACUGAGUACUCCCUCACCCUCUAUGCCAUCUACCCUGGACUAAUUGGAGAACCCUCUACUAUAAUCACAGAGACGAUUCCUGUACCACCAGUGGCAAACUUCCGUGUGAUUGAGGAAGGGCUUUACUCUAUGCGUUUGGGCUGGACUUCUCCUCUAGGCCAAGUGGACUCAUACCAAAUCUACAUCCCUCGAUCUGACAGACCUGGGAUGAUCUAUGAGCAGGUGCUUCAGGGUGACACUUUUUCUCACGUGAUUGACAGCUUGGAAGAGGAUAAAAUAUAUACAGUUAGCAUCUACGCCAUUUACCCAGAGGGACCCAGUGAGGCUGUGUCUGUUAGUGGAAGAACAUUGAAACUGGUUCCUGUUAAGCAGCUGUUGGUGGAAAAUGCCACUACAGACACAGUGCAGGCUCGCUGGCUCCCAGUCAGAGGAGCAUCUGGCUACAGGCUUACCUGGCUAUCUUUAGAGGGCCAUGUUGAGAGUGUAAACUUGGGAGGCACUUUUCAGUUUUACAUGGUGCAAGGUCUACAUGCUGGCACAGAAUACACUAUAAGUAUCAACCCUGUGUUUGUGGAUGUAGAAGGGCCUGUCACCUCUACCAAGGCCAAGACAUUGGAGAGCAGUGCAGUACAGACUCUGAAGGCUACUGCUGUGAGUACCAGCAGUGCUAUAACCUCAUGGAAUGCUGUUUCUGGAGCCACAGGGUACAGACUGGCCUGGGGUCCCACUGCAGAAUAUGUUGGGAGAGAUCGACCCAGGCAGCUGGCUCUGAAUAACAGUAUCACAGAGUAUGUACUGAAAAAUCUGGCUCAUGACACGGAAUAUGUAAUCUCCCUCUAUGUACUUUUCGGCUCAGUGGUGGGACCGGGCAUCACUGCUACCUUUAAAACAUCUCCUCUCGGCUAUGUGUCAAAUUUCAAGGUGAUAUCCUACACAAGCUCCUCUAUCAACGUACAGUGGAGUGCCAUUGUAGGAGCUACUGAGUAUAAACUGUCCUGGAGCUCAGAAGGAGGAGGUUCACAAAGCCGCUAUGUUGACCACAGUGUUUUACAACACAGCAUAACCCGCCUGCUGCCAAACACACUCUACACCAUUACUAUCCAUGCCCUCUAUGGAAACCUAGAGGGGCCAGAAGUCUCUCUCUCACAACGGACAGCUUAUUCAACUGAUUCACAGCAGAUAGAGACACUGAGGGAACUUAAAGUGAUAGAUAUUGGGGCAAACUCUUUUACCCUAUCCUGGAGGAAAACACCUGGUGUAACUGGUUACAAAAUUACCUGGAUCCCAUUUACUGGAGGUGAAGAGAAAAGUGAGAUGGUUUCCUCAUCUAUCACAUCGUACACUAUCACUGGACUGCAUGCCAGCUCUGCCUACAAGAUAAAGGUCUCAUCUUUGAUAAGGGAACGAGAAGGAAGUUCUGCUACAGUGACAGCACGGACCUUGGAUUUGCCUAAAGUGAGUGGUUUCAGAGCCGUAAAUACAACUGAUGAUAGUACUGCACUGAACUGGACCAGGGUUGCAGGAGUUUCAGGGUAUCUCCUGUCCUGGAGACAUAUAUCAGAGCUUAACAGUAUCACUGAGAUACUGAGCCCUGCUUUUACCUCAUAUAAGAUAAAAAACUUACAGUAUGGAAGAACCUACAUGUUCAGCAUUCGGCCACUCUAUGGAGAGGUAGAAGGACCCAUCACAACUAUUACCAAAAGGAUAGUGGGUGUUUCUCCAAUAAUUCCUGUCCACACUGCGACAUCAGCCCCGGCUCCAGUGAAAGAUUUCAACAUUCACACUACAGCCAUGAAUACACUUACUUCUACUAGAAAGCACACCACCACCACCACUACUACUCAGAGACUUGCUGUUAAGCCUGACAUAGCCAUAACUAAAACAGCACAAACCCUAACCAUGAUUACUGCUGCAGCUAAAGACAAAACCACUCUCUCUGCUAGAACCCCUUCAUCUGGACCUGUUUGUAGCAGGGUAAAAGCAGAUAUUAUAUUUCUGGUGGAUGAGUCCUGGAACGUUGGAUCUGAAAACCUUGGCAAGCUGAGAGAUUUCCUCUUUAGGAUUGUGACAUAUUUUCCAGUAAUUGGUCCUCAGGGAUCCCAGAUUGCUGUAGUUCACAACAGUUAUGAGCCCAGGAUUGAGUUCAGCCUCAACACUCAUAGAGAUCGCAGCUCUGUGCUGAGAGCACUCAGGCAGGUUCGCUAUGGAGGAAGCAACACCAAAACUGCUCGUGGGAUCAGCUAUGUCCUGAGAGAGCUGUUUCGGGAGUCCCUGGGUAUGAGGCAGACUGCUCCUCAUGUGCUAGUACUGGUGACAGAGGGGGAAGUCCAGGAUGAUGUGGAGCCACCGUCCAGAGUAGCACAUAUUUUGGGUGUGAGUGUUCUGGCCAUUGGUAUUGGAAAUGCUGACAUUGAUGGACUUAAAAUGAUUGCUUCACCAACCAGCUACAAGAACAUCUUUCAUGCUUCAGACUUUAAUGAUCUUCCUUCCAUAGAGAGAGAGUUUAUUAACAGCAUCUGCAGUGAAAACUUAAUCUCUGAAUUUGAAAAAGAGUCAGCCCAAUUGGACAUACCCACAAGUGACCCAGGACAUGUCUUAAAACCUGAGGGUCCCUGUCCUAUUCAGUGCAAGGGUCCAAAAGGAGAAAAGGGGGAUGGUUUUGGUCAUGGUGGAUCGCGACCAAACCAAGGCAUGGGUGAUUAUGAUCCAUUUACAUUAAGGAUUAAAGGAGAAAAAGGAGAGAGGGGCCUUCCUGGGACAGAUGGAAUACCUGGGGUACCAGGAAGACCAGGUCGUACUGGACCUCCUGGUUCUGCUGGAUUAAGGGGCCCUCCUGGUGUCCUGGGAAAUAUGGGACCACCUGGCGUUCCUGGACCAAAAGGUCAGCGAGGGGAGAGAGGAGAUCCUGGAUACUCAAUUGGAAGUGUGGAUUUUGUCCCUGCACGCAAAGGAGAACCAGGAUCAUCUGGACCUCAAGGGCCUCCAGGUAUUCCGGGGAUCCCAGCCCCCCCGGGGCUUCCUGGGCAGCCUGGCCCAUCCGGGUCUCCAGGCAUUUCUAUGAAGGGUGAAACUGGAGAAUCUGGUCUUCAAGGUCCACGGGGAAAGACAGGACAAAAAGGAGAAAAAGGAGAAGGUGGACAAAAUGGUCAAGCAGGCUUACCUGGGCCAAUUGGAUUGGAUGGGGUUCCUGGACUUCCUGGCCAAAAAGGAGAAAAGGGUGAAGCUGGUAUUGGAAUUCCAGGCAUUCAAGGUCCAAAGGGGUCUUCAGGUGAAAAGGGAAAUAUUGGACUCACAGGAUCUGUUGGACUGAAGGGUGAGCAAGGAAUUGUGGGACUGCAAGGACCUAUUGGCCACAGGGGCAAAAAAGGUUUAAAGGGGGAGCAAGGAAUUAAGGGUAAUCGGGGGGACACAGGGCCAAUCGGACAACAGGGGUUGGUUGGCUUGCCUGGAACUGUUGGGCAGAAAGGUGACCAGGGACAGCGUGGAGUACCAGGGGACCCAGCUAAAGGGGUCUUUGGACCCCCUGGAAAGAAGGGCAUACGGGGAGAUACUGGACCUGUUGGACCUCCAGGGCUUCAGGGAAUUAAAGGGCUUCAAGGGGACAAAGGUGAAAAGGGUAGCCCUGGUUUUGGUAUUCCUGGACAGUCAGGUCCUAAGGGUGAGAGUGGUGAAAGGGGUAAUGUUGGAUUAACAGGCAAACCUGGACCUAAAGGCAAUGAUGGAUUGAAAGGGGAAAAAGGUAACAUGGGUCUCCCAGGAAACCCAGGAGCUCCUGGACUAAGAGGUAAAGAUGGUUUGUCAGGGUCAAAAGGAGACCCAGGAGCUAGGGGAGAGCCAGGAAUUUCAGGGGAACCUGGAGAGAGAGGCAUGAAGGGCCCUCUUGGUCUCCCUGGACAACGAGGAGACUCUGGUGAGAAAGGUGACCCAGGCAAAAUUGGACUACCGGGUCUUGGAGGUCCAAAAGGAGAAAAGGGCGAGCCUGGAAAACCUGGUCCACCCGGCAGUUCUCUAUUAUCUGUGUCAGAGAAAACCAACAUCAUCAAGGGUGAGCCUGGGCUGCCGGGCCUUCGUGGAGAUACAGGACCUGCAGGACUACAAGGCCCUCCAGGAAAACCAGGACCUCCAGGGAUUUUUCAGGGUGAACCAGGAAAGAAAGGGGAACCUGGAGCUAAAGGAGAUAAAGGAGAUACUGGGCGAGCUGGAGUCACUGGCAUGCCUGGAUUACCCGGUGUUCCUGGUAAACCUGGUGUGGAUGGAAAACGUGGAGUAGCAGGAAAAGAUGGACAACAAGGCAUUAGUGGUAACGAUGGAAAAAAGGGUGAGAAAGGAGAACCCGGUCUUGAUGGUAAAGCUGGAGUAAAAGGUGAUAUGGGUCCUCCAGGGUUGCCAGGUCCUCCUUCUCUACCACGUGAGGGUGCUUCAAUUGAGGAUUUUAAAAAAGCAUUUCCAAUGCCAAUGGGUCCUCCUGGAGCAAUGGGUCCUUCUGGAAUGAAGGGAGAAAAGGGGGAUCAGGGCUUGAAAGGAGAGAUGGGUGAGGCUGGUCUACCAGGGAGAGCCAUCGAAAUGAAGGACAUUGAUGAAUUAUUUGACUCUUAUGGCAUUAAGCUAUCCUUGCUGAAGACUUUAAUUGACAGGCUUCUUCAGGAUGGAAUGGAGGAACUUCUGCAUGAAAUGACUAAUAAAAGAAAACUCAAAGGGCAGAAGACAAAUCACAACUCCAAUAUCAUCACAGAGAACACUAACUUAGUGAAGUAUAAACUGUCGAGUAAACCACAGACUGAUGAACUUCUGGUUGAAGAAGAGAAUUAUGUUGUAAAGGAGCAGCUACCAGAACCCAAUCCAGAUUUACUAAAUAUAGUAGAAGAAGAAACUACCCUAUGGAAUGUCUCCAUCACAAAUCAAACAGAAAUAACCAAACCAGAGAGCAGGGUAGAAGUGGAAGAAGGAGAGGCUCGGGUAGAAGGCUUCACAAAACUUCCACCCUUGUACAUUAGCCAGAUGAACAACUCUUCAGUGAUGACAGGUUUAAUAAAAGCAGAGGUAAGUAUGGAGGAACUGCCACACAGUAAAAACAACACAGUAAAGAAGACAUCUGGUGAGAAGAAGAAGGGAAAGGACAGAGGGAAGGGUAAAGGAAAUCAAGGACGGCAAAAACGUCAAAGAAAGCGACUGGGAGACCAGGUCCAUGAGGAGGAGAAUGUGGAUGAUGGGCAGGAGGCUGAUGAUGGUGAAAUGCUUAAUUAUGAAUAUGAGGUGGAGCUUACAGACGAGACUAUUCUUUCACAAGAGGAAGAAAAAGAUACGCCUGAAACCUCAUUAUCAGCUCCUAUUUAUACACAAGAAAAUAAGGUGGACUAUACAACAACAGAAGCUUCCCUUUCAGUAAUAGCAGUCACAGAGCAGCCUAGUGAAACCACAUUAUCAUCAGACCUCAGCACAGUCUCUGCAAAAGAGGGACUUCAAUCCAGAUCUGCUGAAGUCAGAGUAAUGUCUAAAGUCAAGAGGAAUGCCCCAUGGUCUGAUUCUGGGUCAGCACACAGAGCAAGAAAGAAAAUGAAACCAAAUAAAAAGUUCACAAAAAACAUGGACCCUGAGAAAAACAGCGAGCAGGAGGGGGGUGGAGAAAGAGACAGAAUGGCAGCAGAACCAGAUACUAACUUUGAGAAAGACUAUGAGAAACAAGGAACAUGGGCUGAGCAAGAGCAAGAGUACAGCUCAGGUGACAGAGAUGAUGAGAGGAGCAAUGAGAAUGAGGAGUGGGACUGGGAGGAAGAAAGAGAGAGAGAACGACUGGCGAUGGAAAGAGAGAGACUGGAGCUAGAACGCGAGAGACAAGAGGAGUUAGAAAGAGAGAAAAUUGUGGUGGGAGAACAGGAGCAGGGGAGAGAGAAUGAACAAGAGGACGUAGAUGAGAGACAAAGGAUAGAAUGGGAGAUAAAAGAGAGAGAAAGGCUAGCAGAAGUGGACAGAGAGGAGGACAUGAGGACCCAUAUCUCUCAGUAUGAGUAUCUGAAGGGACUUCCAGGAGAGAACGGUCUACCCGGGCCCAAGGGCAUGAUUGGGGAGAAGGGACAAAAGGGGGAGCCCGGGAUAGGACACCGUGGGCCUGUUGGUCAGGCUGGUCCAGCUGGACAGAAGGGUGAGCCUGGAGAACCAGGUCCAUCUGGAGCUCAGGGUAUUCAGGGCAUCCGUGGCAAUCUUGGAAUUCCUGGCACAUCUGGUCAAAGAGGUCUGCCAGGAGACCCUGGAGAACCAGGAAAUCAGGGUGAGAGAGGAAGGAGAGGGAAAAAUGGAUUACCUGGAUCCCGUGGUACACCUGGACCACCAGGAAAACAGGGGCCACCAGGUCCACCAGGAGUGAAAGGUGACAAGGGUGACAGUAUUCCAGGUGAGCAAGGAGAGAGGGGCAUUUCUGGACUUUCUGGACGCAAGGGUGCCAAGGGUACUGUAGGUGCCAGGGGGUCACCAGGACUCAUUGGUUCUAAAGGCCUGCCAGGUAUUAAGGGAGAAAGGGGUGACAAAGGUCUGUAUGGCAACAAAGGAGAAAAAGGGAGUCCUCUGUCCAUACCCGGGCCACGUGGAUAUAAAGGUUUUAAAGGAGAUGCAGGUGAACGAGGACUUCCGGGGUUUGAUGGAGAUAAAGGGGAGAAGGGAGAGGAUGGGCCUCCUGGGGUAAAGGGUUUAAAGGGAGAGGCUGGGGGUAAAGGAAGCAUGGGGCCCUUUGGAGCUCGAGGUCCUGUGGGACAAAAGGGAGAAGCCGGAGAACCAGGUGUCAAUGGAAAACAGGGUCGUAAUGGAAUGAAUGGAUUAAAUGGUGAAAAAGGUGACAAAGGACACAUGGGCUUCCGAGGCCAAAAGGGUGAGCAGGGUGAAAAAGGAGAUCUUGGUUUAAAUGGAGACAAAGGCAUAAAAGGAGAACAGGGUUUCCGUGGCAUGCCUGGAAGGAUGGGCAUGCCAGGAAUUGAUGGCGAACAGGGCAGUACUGGAGAACACGGAGCACCAGGGCUUCCAGGACUAAAUGGACCCCCUGGACGGAAAGGAGAUAAAGGUGAUGGAGGUCUGAAUGGACUUGAUGGUGAAAAAGGAAAGAAGGGAGAAAAGGGAGCUACGGGUUUCCCUGGUUUUACUGGGUUUAAGGGGUCACCAGGUGUAGCUGGAACCACUGGAGCUUCUGGUCGACCUGGGCCAGUUGGACCCAAAGGUGAAACUGGCUCCAAGGGAGAAAGGGGAAGAAGAGGAAGAGGAAAGCCCUGUCAGAGAGGUCCACCUGGAAUUUCAGGACAAAGAGGCCUGGAUGGUGAGAUAGGAUUGGAAGGAACAAAAGGGGAGAAAGGCGAUCCAGGGCUUACAGUAGAAGAGGUGAAGGAACUGGUGAGCAAAGAAAUGGUGGAAAAGUGUGGAAAAGAAUACAGUUUUGUCACGAACACCAGAGAUCCAGAUGAGGACAGCAUUCUAAAAGAGGAGAGGGAAAUGAAGGAGUUUAUUCCUCUUCUUAUUCAUAACCUUCCUAAAAAGAUGGAUAAGCAGACAGAGGAGCUAACAACUGCUUUACCUACAGUUUUAGCAACUGAGCCAACAUUGAUCCAUCUAAAUAGAACAGGUAAGCAUUCCGAAAAUUCAAGCCAGAUGAAGAGAUUUCGAAGACACUCACUUAAGAUGACAUCGGGUGCUGCCUCCAAUGUAUGUCUUGAACCGAUGUCUGAGGGCCACUGCUCUGAGUACAUGCUGCUCUGGUACUUCCACUCGAGCUCUGAAACAUGCCGUCCCUUCAUCUACACUGGCUGUGGUGGAAACAGAAACCGUUUUAGCACAAAACACGACUGCCAGAACUACUGCAGCAUGGUCCAGAAAGGUAUUCCCAGCCUAUAAUAAGCAAUAAAGCAUUCAG